AAAAAAAACUGUCCCUCACCUCCUUUCCAACAAUUUCCUACCCUUUCAUUUCAUUUCAAUGCAAUCCCCCAACGGAAAUUCGUAACUCAUAAUCAAUUUCCAUUUGAAUUGUGCAACUCUUUUCAGACCUUUUCUUGUUCCAUUCUCAACUCUUUCCCGUCACUCUCUCCGGAUCUGAACCUGCAAUGAAAUCCUUGAUUCUUGUGUCUAACAAGUACUAGAAGCGGUUAAAAGUUUAAGGGCCUUGCUUCAGCAAGUUGGAUGACAAAAUUUAUGUGCUGCUCACAUUAUGGAAAAGGACAACUCUGGUGGCAAGAAUGCAACAGUUUCUCUGAUUGAUGAAAGACUAGGGGAAAUUACUGAUGGAAUUCAGAAAGUUCAGGGGAAACCUGAGGAGACACGAAGUCUGAAUGUCAGUAAUUACAAUGUUAUUAAGUUAGAUGAGGUUAAUGGACAAGACAGAUCAGGUGAUGACAGGGAUCAGAAUGAAGCCUUGGCAUCUAGAGCUGUUCAGGACAAUUUAGGUGAUAAGGAAAAACAUGUUAAAAAAUGUGACAAGAUGGAUAAGGAUAGGGAAUCAUAUUCUAAAGCACUAGAAGAAAUGUAUGAGACUGCAAAAGCAGUUCAUUUUGAUGAGCCAGAACCUGUCUUUGAUGGCACAGAGGUUCCUGGGAUGGAGACCAAACUAAAUUCAUCAACUUGUUCCUCGGGUUUUAAUCUGGAAGAGGGAUAUAUGUGGCCCGAGAAAGCAGUGGUGCUUAAAAAUUUUGUGAAGGAGAAGGGUGCAGUGGCAGUGACCAAUGUCUUGCAUCACCUUUCUAUUAAAAGAGAUGAUGUUGAAAUGGGCACUGUUCGUGUUUAUCAGGGUGCCCCAGGUUCUUCUAAAAUCGGGGAACAAACUGCAGAAAGAUCUGCCUGGAAUCCCCUAAACUAUAUUAAGAUGUCAUGUACAGCUGAUGCAGGAUGGAAAGCUGAACAGGGGGAGGAUGACACUGAAGGAUCACUUAUUCCUGUUGUCACAAAAGGAAAAGUUUUGUUAUAUACAAGGUUAGGAUGCCAAGAUUGUAGAGAAGUUAGGUGGUUUCUGCGCAACAAAAGACUUAGAUAUGUUGAGAUCAACAUUGAUUUAUAUCCCAGUAGAAAAUUGGAGCUAGAGAAGUUAUCUGGAUCUUGUGCUGUUCCUAAGGUCUUCUUUAAUGAAGUACUGAUUGGAGGCUUGAGCGAACUCAAACACUUAGAUAUGUCUGGCAAGCUUGCAGAGAAGAUUGAUUUUUUGAUUACUGAAGCACCGUCCACUGAAGCUCCUUUAUCACCUCUUUCUGGUGAAGAUGAUGUUUCUUGUAAAGGGCCUGUUGAUGAGCUAGCUCUAAUUGUCCAAAAAAUGAAAAGAUAUAUUGUUGUUAAGGAUAGGUUCUACAAGAUGCGCAGGUUCACUAAUUGUUUUCUAGGUUCUGAAGCGGUGGAUUUCCUAUCAGAAGAUCAGUACCUGGAAAGGGAAGAGGCUGUUGAAUUUGGGAGAAAGCUUGCCAGUGAACUGUUCUUUCGACAUGUUCUUGAUGAGAAUCUAUUGGAGGAUAGUAACCACUUGUAUCGGUUCUUGGACCAUGAUCCUGUCGUAUCAACUCAGUGUCACAACACUCCAAGGGGUAUGAUUGAACUGAAGCCAAAGCCCAUCACUGAAAUUGCAUCAAGAUUGAGGUUUCUGUUCUGUGCCAUUUUAGAAGCCUAUGCAUCAGAAGAUGGAAGACUUGUUGAUUAUAGAAGUGUUCAUGGAAGUGAAGAGUUUGCAAGGUAUUUAAGAAUAAUUCAAGAGCUCCAAAGAGUAGAUGUCCAGGACAUGCAAAGGGAGGAGAAGCUUGCCUUCUUCAUAAACUUGUACAAUAUGAUGGCCAUCCAUGCAAUUUUAGUGUGGGGUCAUCCUAAUGGUUCAUUGGAAUGGAGGAAGCUGUUAGGAGACUUCAAGUAUGUUGUUGGUGGGUUCACAUACUCGCUUUCAUCUAUUCAUAAUGGCAUUUUAAGGUGCAAUCAAAGGCCACCAUUCAAUCUUUUGAAACCAUUUGGUGUCAGAGAUAAACGGUUACAGGUGGCUCUACCAUAUCCUGAGCCUCUAAUUCACUUUGCCCUUGUUUGUGGUACCCGAUCUGGGCCUGCUCUUCAAUGCUACUCUUCCAGAAAUAUUGAUAAAGAGCUGAUGGAUGCAGCUCGGGUUUUCAUAAGAUCUGGUGGACUUACUGUUGAUUUGAGUAGCAAGGUUGCAUAUGCUAGUAAGCUCCUUAAAUGGUUUAGUGUUGAUUUUGGGCAGAAUGAGAUAGAGGUAUUGAAACAUGCCUCAAAUUACUUAGAGCCAACUAACGCAGAAGCUUUCCUGGGGAUAAUAGCUGAUUCUCAAUUGAGGAUUAUAUAUCAGCCCUAUGAUUGGGGAUUGAACUGUUACAGUUAGAAAAAAUUUCCCCUUUUCCAUACAUCUCAUAUACUUAAUCAUAAGGGUUCCCCUUUCGUAUAAAAUUUUCACCAGGGUUAAAACUUGUAGAUUCAUUGUUUUAGAAGAUAUCACACCAGUCAGGCUUCAGUUUUAUUUUUUCAACAAAGUAAUUGUUUAAUCUUCUCUUUUAGAUUCAUAGUUUGGUUAAUCUACAUAUAUUUAUUGAAAUGUGUUAUACAAAAAUAAUACAUGGGGUUGGGAUGAAAGUUUGUCUUGUUCUUUUCCCUGAUAAGUUUGGGGGAGCCUGUAACUGAAUAUCAUUGUGCCAUUGGCUACCUUCGGGAGGUUUAGGGUCUAUGACAUGUGUCAGUUAGGAACGUGAGUGUUGUGGCCGUUAAGGUUGUUAGGCGGUAAAGUCUGUUACUUGUUUUAAAAACUGUUACUCCAAUUACUGCAGGAGGGAAGAUGCAUUGUAAGAUAUGCAUGAAUAUAGCACAGGUUUUGAUUCAAA